AUGUCGAUGGCACGCAAACUGGUGAAGACGGCGGACAGCCCGUCGUUGUGGAACUACUCCCUCUCGCCCGGUUGGACGCAGGAGACCUCCGAGAUUCUGCGAUUGGCCAUCAUCAAGUUCGGAUGUGGCAAUUGGAAGGCCAUCAUCGAGUCCAAGUGCCUGCCGGGCAAGACGAGGAGUCAGCUCAACCUCCAGACCCAGAGGAUGGUGGGCCAACAGUCCAUCGCCCAAUUCAAGGGCAUACACCUCGACACCCGCGUCGUCUGGAAGGACAUCCAGGAGAAGCAUCGAAACAACCCGAACACGUUCGUGAAGAACGGACUGAUCAUCAACACGGGCAACAACCAGACCAAAGAGGAGAAGGACAAGCUGCGUCGUGCCAACACUAAGAAGUACAGCCUGCCGCGUAGCGACAUCGAGGCCGUCGAGCUGCAGGUGGUCGACAUCGAAGACAUCGUGGCCGAGGGCAAGGGCAAGCGCCGCCGCCUCAAGGAGCGCAAGGUGCUCGCGCCCGGCGAGGGCGAGAAGCUCAAGGCCCGGCUGCAGGUGCUGCGCGACCGCCUGGCCACGCUCGAGAAGGAGCUCAAGGACCGAGGCGUGCCGCUCACCGAGCCCAAGCGGUCGCGCCUGGGCGCCGUCAGCUCCAGGGCCACAGCUGCGACGAAGCGCAAGCGAGCAAUGGCUGAUGAUGAAGAAGAAGAGGAAGAGGAGGCCGCGUUCGAGAUCAACGAUGAGUGCUUCGAGGCCUACGACGAAGAUGAUGAUGAAGAAGAAUUGGAGGAGGAAGAGGAUGAGGAGGUGGAGAUCCUCGAGGAGGAGGUCGAUGACGAUGAAGAAGUCGACAUCGAAGGCGAGGAGGAGAGCGGCUUCAGCGGUGAGGAGCCGCCAUCAUCGACCAAUGCUGGCAAGGCCAAGGAGGAGGCCGCCGACAUCAGCGACGGUGGCAUCGACGACGCGUCGCUCGGGUUCUACUUUGGCAGCCAGCUGCAGCAGCCGGCCGCCGUUCACAACAACCAACUCAUGGCCGACAGUGACGCCGACGCCUUCGCCGCCGCAGUGCUGGGCGGAGCCGAAGAAGACGAUGACGUCGAUUCAGACUUUGAAGAGGAGCCCAGCCGGAAGAAGCGACGGAUCGCCCCCUCGAGCGCCAACGGAAGGUGA